AUGGCUUCUAACACUUCUCGUAUCAUUGAUUUGGAGGCACAAAUGGCGUAUGUACAGCUCCAAUUGGAUUCUCACGACCAGGAUUUGAAGACCGCCAUUGCGGAGCUCGCUGUUUCAACGAAAGACAACAUGGAUGCUCUGGCGGCAUCCUUCGCCCGGAGUCGCGAGAAGUCUCCGAUCGGUUCGCCAUCACACUCGCAGGAUCCCGUCGCCGAUCAACACAAGUUUCGCCAGCAGCAGCAACGUCGGCCAUCGAUCCUGGAUCACUAUCCCCGUUUGGGGUUUUCCUACUUCUCUGGUUCAGAUCCACAUGUGUGGGUGAUCAAGUGCAACAAUCCACUCGUGUGCAGGUGCUCAAUCCACCGACUUUGGCUUUCGCCUUUUAUCAGGCACGAUUGGAGGAAGCCGCCAUCGAAGCUCGCAAGAAGAAGAUGCGUUCAGCCCCUCUCAGUCGUUGGUCUGCUCCUUCUACUUCAGCGGGUCCUCCCUUCCAGCGUGAACAAUCAACUCCUUCUCCGCCGGUAG